AGCUUGGCGCAGUGGUGCGAACCGCGCGGCUGUGUCCGGGAGGAGCGCGGUGACCGCUGCCCGCUGCCAGUGUGAGCGGGAUGGCUGCCACGGCAGGGAGGGCGCAGGGCGACCCGCAGCCUCCCUAUGAGGGCAUCUGUCAGUACGCGCAGAAGAUCACCUCCUGCUUCGGACUGGACGGGGAGCAAGCGCUGGAAUGCCCCUCAGGACGGCGAGUGGCACAGGCUCAGGACAGCCACAGACCCAUGGAGAAGCCCAUCAUCCAGUGCUACAAGUGUGGGGAGCCGUGCAAGGGGGAGGUGCUGCGCGUGCAGUCCAAGCACUUCCACAUCCGCUGCUUCACCUGCAAAGUGUGCGGCUGCGACCUCGCCCAGGGUGGCUUCUUCAUGAAGAACGGCGACUACCUGUGCACCCUGGACUACCAGCGCAUGCACGGCACCCGAUGCAACGGCUGCGGCGAUUUCGUUGAGGGAGAGGUGGUCACGGCCCUGGGCAAGACCUACCACCCCAACUGCUUCGUCUGCACCCUGUGCAAACGGCCCUUUCCUGCCGGCGACCGCGUCACCUUCAACGGAAAGGACUGCUUGUGCCAGCGCUGCGUGCAGCCCAUGUCGCCGGGCCCCAAAGACAUCUGUGGUUCGAGCAGCUGUGCUGGCUGCGGAAGGGACAUUAAGAAUGGUCAGGCUCUGCUGGCCCUCGACAGGCAGUGGCACCUGGGCUGCUUCAAGUGUAAAGCCUGCGGUAAAGUACUGAGUGGGGAGUACAUCAGCAAGGACGGAAUGCCGUACUGCGAGAAGGAUUACCAGAUCCACUUUGGAGUGCAGUGCGAGGCCUGUCACCAGUUCAUCACGGGGAAGGUGCUUGAGGCAGGGGACAAACACUACCACCCGAGCUGUGCACGAUGCAGCAGGUGCAACCAGAUGUUCACAGAAGGCGAGGAAAUGUACCUACAAGGAUCCACCGUCUGGCACCCCGACUGUAAGAACAGCACCAGGGCGGAGGAGAAGCACAGGCCUACGAGGUCCUCGUCCGAAAGUGUUUGUUCCCGACCUAGUUCAAGCAUACCUGGCUCACCGGGUCACACCAUCUAUGCGAAAGUAGACAAUGAGAUUCUUGAUUACAAGGAUUUAGCUGCCAUCCCCAAGGUCAAGGCCAUUUAUGACAUUGAGCGCCCAGAUUUGAUAACAUAUGAGCCCUUUUACACGACCUCCCUCGAUGAGAAACAGGACAGGCAGAGUGCGGGAGAGCCUCCCGGUGCCAGGAGAGAGCGUUCCCCUCUGCCGGAACAGCGACCCCCCAGUGCUGGAGGCCCAGGUGUACCUGAGCAUAAGAGUCAGCCCCAGACUGCAAGAUGUGAUCAGUCUCCAAAGCCAGGCCAGAGAUCUCCGAGGACCCUGUCUCCAACCCCGUCUGCAGAGGGCUGCUACGACAUGAGAGACCGCAUCAUCCAGAGAUCCACCAGCCAGGGCUCCAUUGGUUCCCCUGUCUACAGUCGCCAUAGUUACACGCCCACGCUGUCACGGUCUCCCCAGCAUUUCCACCGCCCUGAACUGUUGACCGGAAUGCAGAAGCUCUGUUCGUCCUUGCGCAGUAGCUCCGCCUACAAUGACUCCCGCCCCACCUCCCCCUUCCGCCACCACUUCAUGCCCCAUAACAAAGGCGAUGAGCCGUCCAGCGGCCGGAGUUCCCCUGUCCCUUUACGGCCCGAUGGCCGACCGGUCACUCCGACUCUCACUCUCAACCCUAAACAUUUCCAUGUUCCAGACCAAGGUGUCAACAUGUACCGGAAACCUCCCAUCUACAAGCAGCACGAUGUAGCUGCCCUGGCAGCCCAGAGCAAGUGCGCCGAUGACAUCAUCAAAUCCGCCAAGUUCCCGGCGGCCCAUGCCCCUGGCCCAGACGACACGCCAAAGAUUGAGACUGACCUCUGGCCCUGCCCACCCUCCCUCGCUACCUUAGGGUCAGACGGGAGGCGUAGGUCGCGGGAGGAAGACGAGGAGGAGCUGCAGAAGCGCAGGCAGAUGCAAGAGGAGCACCUGAAUAAGAUCCAGUCAGGACUGGGGAAGCUCAUUUUAAAAGAGGAGAUGGAGAAGGAGAACAGGGAGCGAUACUCUCGCACCCUCUCUUCCCAACGCUAUGAGAGCCACUAUGGCAACUGCACCACAGAUCCCUGCUCCCCAGCAACGAAAACAUCUUCUCUGCCUGGGUAUGGGCGCAACGGUCUCCAUCGGCCCCAGUCUACGGAGUUCACCCAGUACAACAGCUACAGUGACGUGAGCGGUGGGGAAAGCAGAGAGUUCAAGCCCGUUCACGACGACUGCGUGGCCGUGUCGAGAAUGGACAGGGGAAAUUCUAUGCCUAAUAUGUUGGAACCAAAAGUGUACCCGUACGAGAUGCUGACGGUGACCAGCAGAGGGCGCUCCAAGCUGCCCAAAGAUGUGGACAGAACAAGACUGGAGCGCCACCUGUCUCCCGAACACUUCUUUGACAUCUUCGGGAUGGAGAUCCACGAAUUCGAUCGCCUGCCUUUGUGGAAGCGCAAUGACAUGAAGAAGAAGGCGAAGCUCUUCUAACGACCCGGCCGUGCAUGUUUUUAAUUUAUGAAGCGACCCGUCACUCCAGCAGCUCGUAAUUUGCGCAUUAGACUUCUCUUUUCUGUUCGUUUCUUUUUCUGCUGCCAUUAAUAGGAAAACCAGGCGCAAUAUAAACCUUUCUUUUCGCUUUGAGCACGAAGUUAGUCCCCGAUUCAGCAGCUAGAGGUAGGUUUCACCGGGUGCAAGGGGGUAAAAGUGAGAUGAUUCACUCUUGGGAGAAAGUGAUACUAAUGACUCGGUGCUUUGCAUCCGUGUCAUUGUUGCAUGAAGUAUUUGGGGGGGGGGUUGACUCCCUCUUCCUCCCCCCAUUUCCUCUAUUGGGCUUUAUUAGUGGGACCUGCAGGCAUCCAGGAGACCCAUAAAUGGAGGAAGUGGAGAUUCUCCUUAAUGAGGACGUCCGUCUGCAGCCCAUCGGUUGAGGCCAACGGGAGAUGUGCAACUCCUGGUGUUUUGUGGGUAAUGAAGGCCCUCAGAUUAUUCCCACUGAGGGCUGCAGGGGCUGAUUGCUUUGUGCUGUAAAGGGCCAGACUCCAGAAUCUUCCACACCUCAGCCAAAGCUCAGUGCAUUACCUACGACCGAGCAUUGAGGCGGGCUCUUCACGUUUUCGAGAUCUGGUAGGCGUUGCUUCAAGCCCAGAUGUCACAGUGUCAGGCAAAGCAAACCCUGACACUCUUUUACACUUUAUUCAUUUGGUUUUGCCAGAGGUUUUAGCCUUUCGGUUCCUGCAGAGCUGGGGCUUCAUCACUAGGGGGGCGAGCUUGCGCCAUCUCUGCCUAUACCAAAUUCGCACACAGCUCGGCCCCCCACCUUUCCCACAAUCCCUCCUGACUUAUACCCUCAUCGACUCAUUUUCUUCCUUGGUGUCAUUGUUAUACCACACACUCCUGAGUUUUGUUUGUUUUGCCCACAGACGCUCGCUCUCCGCAGCCGAGAUGAAUUCACUCAAAGAGCGUUUGCUAUGUUUUGUAGUAUAAUUAAAACUGCCGAUUUCUUGUACUGGAAACACGAUGAUUCUCGCACUCUCGUGAGAGCCGCUGAUCCUGUGAGGUACAGGUGUGCGCGCCUGUGUGUUUCCUAUGCCCACACAGCGCCCUCUACAGACGAGUCAUUGCGUAUGAGGCCACCUUGGACUAUUCAACACGCUCAGGUGGACCCUCAGUGAGACCAUCCAUGGGACCCAAUGUGAUGACCUUCACUAGGAGCCUCAAGGUGGCCUUCAGCAGAUGGUUCUCUGGGGCACUCAAGGGUAUCUCCACUGAUGAGACCCUUGGUGAGACUCACUGGUGUCUCCACUGGGGCUUUCGGUGGGAUCUUUCUGUGGGACCUUUCAGUGAGGAUCCUCAGUGAUAGGAUUCAGAGUGAGACCAUCUUUGGGGCCUUAUUUGAGACUUUCAUUCCAUCAAUAAUGGACACUCAGUGAUGAACGCUCAGCAGUGAGACCCUCUCUGAUGGGGCCGUCAAUAAGGGGACCCUCAGUGAUGGAUCCUCAACAAUGGGACCCUCAUUGAUGAGACCCUCAGUGAUGGACCGUUAACGAUGGGACCCCUAAUUAUUGAGCCCCUCAGUGGUGGACCCCUCAGCAAUGGGACCCUUUAUGAUGAGGCCAUCAAUAAUGGGAGUCUCAAUCAUGGAACCUUCAGUGAUGGACCCCCAGCAAUGGGACCCUCUAUGAUGGGGCCAUCAAUAAUGGGAUCCUCAGUGAUGGAACCUCAGGGGUUUGGGUGAAAACUGUGUGUUUUGGUCACUGUUUUGCAGCUGUAUCCAUGGUGAAGCCUUAUCUGUCAAAUCUCAGAGUGACAUGAGACCACCUUCCCCUUGGAGGCCCUUUCGGUUGAAGCCCUUUGUACACUUGUAUACAAACAGAAGCUUAUUUUACCCACACACCAUGUUUCUUUCUUAUACGACAGUUAUGCUGUGGAUCUGGAAUUUCACUGAACUGUAAGGCUUUGCCAGUUAAAGACAUCGUCCCCAACGUCCCUCAUCGAAUCAGGAUAUCGGAGUUUUGAUAACAUGAUACCAAACAUAGUUGUCUUUUGGAAGACACACUUUAAUGAUGUAACAGUGAUACUGAAGAAUAAAAUGCAGCA